AUUCUUUUAAAUGAACUGGCAGGCAAUGCCCCAGCAGCUCAAACUGGAACCAUAUGCUGUGCAUACUACCUUCCAGUUUGCAGGUUCUGAUGGAAAGCGCCAUAGGUUACGUGAGGCUAUGCUUUUCUAUGACCAACCUGCAUAUUAUGAUACACCAGGAGGUUUCUUAUCAUUCAAACCUGGUAUUCCUAAGAGUUUGUUGCUGGAUGGGCCACAUACCUUACAAUCACACUUCUCAUUGGUUAAUUACCAGUUGAGGCAGAUAAGGACUGCACUUGCUGUUGCUUGUCUGUUGAACCGAACACUGGUGAGUGAGGUUUCACCAAUUAAAAAAUUAAACUUGACCAGCUGAGAUUUUAUAAAAGAUAUCUUAUAUGCAUAGUUUAAACUUUAAAGGGAUCUUUUUCCUUGAUAUUCUGCUAUGGUAAUUAAUAGCUUCAGAAGAUAGGAUCUUUCAAAGAUCCCUUCUCCUUUCACAAAUUGUGCACUUUGGAAAACAAUGGAUGUACAUGUUGUCCAAACAUUUUGUCCAUGCAGAUGUUGAUAUUCUGCAUGGAUCUUUUUCCUUGAUAUUCUGCUAUGGUAAUUAAUAGCUUCAGAAGAUAGGAUCUUUCAAAGAUCCCUUCUCCUUUCACAAAUUGUGCACUUUGGAAAACAAUGGAUGUACAUGUCGUCCAAACAUUUUGUCCAUGCAGAUGUUGAUAAACAUUUCAUUAAAUUGUGCAAUUAAUUUAUCAUCUAAUCAAAUUCCAAAUGGCCAUUGAGCUGAGAACCAUUUACUUCUCAAAAUCCUUUUUUUAAGGAGUUUAUUAUUCAUUAGUUAUUGCUCGAGAAUAGUAAUGUUAACGGGAGUUGCUUCUUGGAAAAUCAUGGAGUAUCAAAUAAUUGAAUUUUGUGUCUAAUUUUUGAGAUCCUGAUUCUAUCAUAGAAUAAGGAUGGAAGGUCAACUUUGUUCUCAUCA